GGGGCUACCAAAGCAGUGACAGGCCUGGGAGCACGACACUACCCUGUAGUGGGAGGAGGCCAACAGUCCCUGGCCUUUAAACCCUGACCCCAGGGCUGCACGUUCCCCAAACACAUCGACUCCCGACUCCCGGUGACAAGCGAAUUCAAGUCGGCAGGCAGAACCAGGCUCAGACGGAACCAGAACCGUCCUGCGGGUGAGGACAAGUACAGUGCCCAUAGCUCACCGAGACUCCUCCAGCUGCUUCCUGCAGCUGAAGCCCCUCAUUCAGUGCCCUUCUUGGCCGCAGAACAACGGACAACAGAAACACCCAGAUGGACACGGUGGAUGGCACUGAGGAUCCAGGGGUCCAGCCACAUCCAGAGCUGAGUCCCACCAGAAAGAGGGCUGAUGCUGGUUCCACCGUAUUUGGGUCCACCGUAUUAGCGCUCAGCCAGGCCAACUUUCCAGAUGCUGCAGAAACGGGGAAUGAGAAUCAGCUUUCGUCAACUCUAGGAGGGCCAGAGAGGGUGCCCUGGCACUCAGAAACCUCUGAGGAAGGGCACUCAGAGCUCAGGACCCAAGAGCAGGGGACUCCAGAAAGACCAAGGAAGGACCUGGAAGGGACCGGGGAGCCGAGUGCAGGCCAGGACCAGGCCCAUUGGGGGAGCGAGCUCAGACUACCGCCUUUCAGGCCCUACGUGACCCCUGAGAGACUGUGGCAGGCAAGGACAGAGGCCAAGGCCCUGCAAAGGAGACGACACAAGCGAGUGACUGAGGAGGGCCAGCUCCUCAAGAGCCACCAGGAAGCGAGGGACAUCGAUGAGAGGAGAGAGCUGGGCCCCACACAAGAGUCCGAGAAGCCUGGAAGCCUCUGGCCCGGCUUCAUGAAGUGCUUGCUGGAGGUGGAGGAGGAGGAAGCCGCCCAUCGGAGAGCCUGGAAGGCCCGGGCCCUGACAGCUCGCAAGUCUCUGCGGACCCUGACACCGGGGCCCACCUCGGUCCCCAUCAGCCACUCAGCCCCUCUGACCCUAUCCCAGGCCCCCACCUGGGCCCCUGCCACCACCCCAUUCUGGGCCCCGCCUCUUGCCCCUACCCCUGUGGCGGCCCUGGUCCCAGCCUCGGUGUCCAGUCCCUUCCUGCGGGGUCCUUUCUCAGACCUAGGCUGGAGGUGGACGGAGCUGCUGCCCCAGAGCCACGAGUGGAGCCUGAGCUGCAGCAGGCCAUGGCAGGAGCUGGAAGAACACAGCCUGUUCAGGCUGAGUCAGGUCUGGGAAGAGCAGGCCCAGGCGGAGGAGCCCCUCACGCUCAAGCAAGAGGAAGCCUUCCACAGCUACUUUGAGAUCUUCGAUGGCCCCGGCGAGUUGGACGCCCAGAGCCUGAAGAGCAUCCUGGUCCUCACAGGCUUUUCCCUGACGCCUGCCCAGGUGGAGGCCGCCCUGAUAAGCGCUGAUGUCGAUGGAGAUGGUCAUGUGGACUUCAAAGACUUCCUGGCUGUGAUGACAGACACCAGGCGCUUCUUCUGCUCCGUGGAACAGAAUGUUGUGACUAACAUGGCUUCCCCGAACCCCUACACUCUGCUCUUUGAGAUUCUGUCUCUGCUGGUGGAGAUGCUGGCCUUGCCGGAGACAGUCUUAGAGGAGAUCACCAACUACUACCAGAAGAAGCUGAAGGCAGGCACCUGCAGGGCCCGAGAGAUGGCAUCCACCACAAGCCAGCUGCGGUCACAGAAGCAGCUCCCCUACAACCUCCAGCUGGCAGAGCGUUCAGAAGUCCCGGAACACAGGGUCCUCAGCAUCCUGAGCCGGCUGAAGCAGAACGCCUCCGACCUGCGGAGCCCCUAUGCCCAGGUCCCUGGCAACUUACUCUGCCCUCGGCUGAAGAUAGCCCGUUGGAAGCAGGGCAGCCACAUGCUGGAUCAGUGCACACCGGGCAGCCUGAGCCCCAGCAGCCGCAGCCACCUCCUCCAGUCAGGACCUCAUGGAAGCAGGGAACACAGCUCCGACGGUGGUGCAAAGUGGCUCAGCUCCCUGCCCACUCGAACCUACUGACCCUCUGGAAUCUGGCGGGGCGGUUCAAGCCUGCAGACAGAUGUGCCACUGGGUAUGGGCUGCUGUGAGUUUGUUUUUAUGGCCUAGUAAGCCAAUAAACACCAAGGACCUCAGCCUGGGAGCCUGGUGCCCAGGCUUCCAUAGCCUACGCGGCUUCUCAGGAGUGCAGGCUUGAGAAUACCUGAGGCAAGACCUGCCUAAGGCCGCACCCAGGGCGAGCAUUCCUGCCGCAGGUCGCCUUGCGCACAAAGGCUUUACCUGUGCACUCUCAAAGCACAGAGCUGCCCCUUGACAGUGGGAGCCCCAGGCCCCGAGGAAGAGCAAGAGGUGGUCUCAGCCUCUACUGUGCUGAGCCCACAGACUCAGGGGGAUUCUUCUGUGGAGCCCAAACCACAUACCACCCAAUCCUGUCUUCCCUGGGUUCAACAGGCAGCCACAGCAAACUGCAAAAGGUCAGGGGUUGAAAUAAGGACAAAGAUCUGACAAGUUUAAAACAUGUAUUUAAAAUACAAUUUAUAAAAUGCUUAAUCUGCCGACUCAGGAGCCCGCGUGUAGGGGUGAGGUGGGGGUAGGCAGCUGCCCACUGCACCAGCAAAGCACGAUGCAGGGGUGUGGCCCCCUCCCAUUCCCUUCUGUUCAGACACCCAAGGGGCCCAUGUGCACCCUUGGGAUCACACGACCAGAAAACAGAACCCCAGAGGUCUCUUGAGUCUCUGCUUGCCAGGGAGGCUGGGUGCAGCCCUACCGGCCCAUCCCUGAGCAGGGCACCCCCAAAUGGGGCAGAGCAGGGUAUGGCUGGGCAGGGCAGGGCUAGGCGGGGCAAGUGGGCUCUGGAAGGGGCUGAUGAUAGCAGAUAGGGUGUUGCCUCCUGCCUGCAGGUGGGGAGCACCCUGAUUGCUGAGAAGGGUUGGUCACCAGGCCCGGACCCCUAGCUCCUUUGGUUAUAGGCUGACAUCAGAGUAGUGGCUCAUGGGAAGCGGUUAGCCGGAAAGACUGAGGCCUGGCUCAUGGGGUCUGGGAGGAGCUGGGAAAGGGACAGUACCAUGAAGGGAGACAAAAGGGGCAGCAGCCUCAGGGUCCUGCCCCUCAUUCCCCUGGGGAUUUCCAAGCCAAAGCCUGCAACUUACUUUAAAAAAAAAGAAAAAGAAAAGAAAAA